AUGGCAUCCUUCACAUCCAGCGGCCUCCCAGUGGUCCUAGAUGUGUCCAGGGUUUUACCCCGAUGGUUGCCGCAUCUCAAAUGUGCGAUAGCCCACCUGAUGAAAUGUUGCCGCUAUGGCUCCAAGAGACUAUGGUGCCCGGCAGCACUGCGGCACCUCCAGUGGCACCUGCAGUGGCGCCGAAGUCAGUCCGACCCUCGAGCCUUUGCGGUAGAAGCCAAGCAGGCACGCAGAGAGAUCGAGGAGGCACCUCCAGUGGCAUCUGCAGUGGCGCCAAGGACUGUUGAACUGGAUGGGGACAGGAGUUGGUCCGACCUUCUAGCCUUUGCGGUAGAAGCCAGGCAGGCACGCAGAGAGAUCGAGGAAAUGGAGAGAGCCAACCAGAGCCAACCGACAAGUCUAGCGCUGGUGCCUGCGGCUCGUGAAGUGCAACCUCUAGCGCCUGUAUCUGGUAUGAUGCCUAUGGUCCAGCCCAUGGUGCCAGUUCAGAGCUUACAGAUGUGUGUGGAUAUGUCCAGAAGCCUUCAAGCCAAGACCGAAGAGCUGAUGGAAAGUCAGAUGGACAAGGUGAAGCUCCAGAGUAUGCUGGAGAUGCAGCGCAAGGAGAAGAAAGGGCGAGGCUGCGAUAUGAAGCGAUGGGAAGUCGCAGCAAAGGGCGAGGCUGCGGAAGAAGAGCCUGAGACCAUGGCACAAGAGCCUGAGACCAUGGCGCAAGAGCCUGAGGCUAUCGUGCCAGAAGAUGAUGCACUGCAUGGUGCAAGGGUUCAGCACAUCCCUUCAGCACUCAUGCGGUGCCGUGGUGGCCGAUGGAGAGAUGCUGUGGUGGCUGAGCACGGUGUACAUGCUCCUCUACAACAGCAUGGCAGGCCACACCACAUCUCAUCCCACGCGGCCGUCAGAGAGGGCCGAGUGCUCAGUAGCGAGUUGGAACGCAAAGAGACGGCCGAGUCCCAGGCAGCCAUGUUGAGGGCGCAGAAGGAGUGGAAGAAAGGCACCAAGAAGUUCACGGAUCAAAAGAAGCAACAAGGCUCGAAUUUUCAACUCCGCCCCGACCAGUGGGAGGAGAUCAGGAAGAUCUUCACUCAGUGCUGGCCCUUCCCAUCGGAUGCCACCACCAACAAAACUCUCCUACUGAUGUCUUGGUGGUUCCGGACGGCAUCACGCCCAGGUUUCUCACGAGGACCAGUCGAAACGUGUCCCUGCGGCGCAUCUCGUGCCCUGUGCCCUCCGAGCUGUGCUCCGCCCUCCCGGCUGCAUACGGGCAUAACUCCACUGGCGAGCAUGGAGCAGAGCCUCAUGAACGCGGCCGCCUUCUGCCAUGAGCUCCCUCGCUACCAUUUUCUGGUGAAGAAGGCGCUGGAGGUUCUCCUUGAGGAGACCACCCAUCCGCAGCAGCGGAAAACGGUGACGAACACCAGCUUUGCUUCCUCCUCGCCGACAGCGACUCACUCCAAAGAGACCUGCAGCUUUGAGCAUUUGGACAAGUGUCGACAGACACUGCUGGACUACUCACGUUUGAACCCUGAGGCAAGGUUCUUGGCUAGUGAAG